GACGGCAUGCCGUGGCUGCAGUAGGGUAUGCUGUGCGGCGCUGUGUGGUCCGCCGCGCCGGUCAGCCUGCGCGGCCUGGCGCCCCCGCUGCCGCUGCCUCCGCGCCCUGCGCUACUCGCCGCACUCGUCAUGCAAGCGCUGCACGACAGCAUCGAUGAUGAAGCUAGCUUUAUAGAGAAUGGUCUACUCUCCUACGAGAAUCCUAACUACCAUUUGGACUCGCGCCUCGACAGCGCCAUCUACAGCGACCUCUACGACAUGCAUGACGACAAGAGUAUGGCUGACGUCUACGAUAACUACCUCGAUAACAGAAGAGUUGAAGACGAGGCGUCUUCUCCUGUUGCAAAAGCAAAUGAUAAAAGCGGCCUAAUCACGCCGCCCCAACAGAAUGGAGGGGAGGACUCACCCCCUCCGGAGAAAGAGAGGGCGGAUCGGGAGGACUCUGAGAAGAGCCACAGUGGCCCCGUGCCACAUUGCGCGGGUCCCAACGACGACCUCUACGCUAUACCAGUCAAACUCAGGCCCAAGAAGGAACCGCAGCUGCCGCCGGGAUGGGAGAAACAUGAAGAUGCCGACGGUCCCUACUACUGGCACAUUAAGAGCGGUACCAUCCAGCGAGAGCUGCCCCGCCCAGAGGGCAGGGAGCGGCUGUCGAUGGUGCGCGACUGCUCCAGCCUCGCCGACGCUAAGUACGAGAUGGCCAGCUCCGUGGUGAGGAGCACCACCAGUGGCGCCCUCGACCACGUUGAUGUUGAGGAACGCAAGAGAAAAGAAGAAAUCUCUUACAAACGUCGCAGCUACCCCGCACGAGGUGAACUUGAAGGUCGCGCGGUGCGGUUCUUUGUACGCUCGCUGGGCUGGGUGGAGAUCGGCGAAGAGGAGCUAACACCGGAGCGCUCCAGCCGCGCUGUCAACAAGUGCAUCGUCGACCUUAGUCUUGGCCGCAAUGAUCUACUGGAUCAUGCCGCUAGGUGGGGCGACGGUAAAGACUUAUUUAUGGACCUGGACGAUGGGGCAUUGAAGUUAAUCGAUCCUGAAAGCCUGAACACGCUUCACACACAACCCAUACACACCAUACGUGUGUGGGGGGUCGGCAGAGACAAUGGACGUGAAAGGGACUUUGCGUACGUGGCGCGCGACCGAGCGACGCGACGUCACAUGUGCCACGUGUUCCGGUGCGAGGCGCCCGCACGUGCCAUCGCCAACGCUCUGCGCGACAUCUGCAAGCGUAUAAUGAUCGAACGCUCGCUACAACCACCGCCGCGACCCACUGACCUGCCGGCGGCCAGGCGACCUAGACCACUCUCUGGUGCGUCGUUCCCGACGCCGAUGGAGGAGCCGCGCAAGACGGUGCGAGCGCGGUACCUGGGCAGCGCGGAGGUGCCGCGCGCGACCGGCAUGGACGUGCUCAAUGACGCGCUGCAGCGGCUGGCGGCCGCGCGCGCGCCCAGCGCCUGGCGCCCCGUCGCUGUCGCCGUCGCGCCCUCCAUGAUCACUAUCACUGAGGAGGGGGAGACGAGCCCGAUAGUGGAGUGCCGCGUGCGCUACCUGUCGUUCCUGGGCAUCGGACGCGACGUGCGGCGCUGCGCCUUCAUCGUGCACACGCAGCACCAGCAGUUCGUCGCCCACGCCUUCCACGCCGAGCCAUCCUCCGGCGCCCUCUGCAAGACUAUAGAGGCCGCGUGCAAGCUGCGUUACCAGAAGUGCCUGGACGCUCACGGCGGCGCGGCGGCGCUGGCGGGCGGCGGGGGCGGCGCGGCGAGCGGGGCGGAGGGGCGGGGCUCGCUCGGCGCCGCUCUAAAGUCCUUCGUGGGCUCGCUCACUGGACGUCGCGCCUCUUGAACGUACUC